AUGCGCCUUCCGUCCAUUUCCUCGCUUCUUUGCUUCGCGGGCUUACUUGCAUUACCCACCAAUGCUUAUGAGGAUCCAAAUAUUAAAAGCAUUCCUCUCCGCACCCACAGCCUCUCUCCGCCAUACCUCGAUUCGGAUUUCCAAAGCCGCUGGUUCGACUUCGGAGGAGAUACAGUAGUCCGCGCUGACAAAUAUAUCCGCCUCACGGCAGACCGGCCAUCGCAGCAAGGAUGGAUCGCCUCCCGCGUACCUUUGACCGCGACCAAUUGGCAGAUUGAGCUUGAGUUCGAGAUCCACGGCAAUGGCAACCUGCACGGUGAUGGAUUUGCGCUCUGGCUCACUAAGGAGCGCGCCACACAGGGCCCUGUCUUCGGUUCGACAGACAAGUUCGAGGGUCUCGGUAUCUUCUUCGACACCUAUAAGAACAACCGCCCUGGCGUGUCAUUCCCUUAUGUCAUGGCCAUGAUGGGUGAUGGGAAAACCACGUACGACCAGGCGCAUGACGGCAAGGCCAACGAGCUGGCCGGUUGCUCUGCUCGUGGUCUUCGCAGUGCCCCCAUUCCUACCAAAGCCCGUCUCACGUAUUUCCAGGACAAGUCCCUUACACUGGAGCUGCAGUAUAAGACGGAGGAUUCAUGGACCGAAUGCUUCAAGCUCGACGCCGAGAAUUCUAACAUCGCUAUCCCCUCCGUCGCAUACUUGGGUCUCUCCGCUGAGACCGGUGAGCUUAGCGACAACCACGACAUCAUCUCCCUCAAGGCUGAGAACUUGUACUCUCUCAACCGCAAUGCCAACAAGGGCCCCUCGGCCAACCAGGGAAAGAGCCGUCCUAGCUCUCCUGCCCAGGCUCCCAAGGAGCCCAAGCAGAAGGGUAGCUGGACUUGGUUCCUUUUCAAGACUAUAUUGUUCUUUGGUGUGAUUGUCGGAGCAUACUUCGGCUGGACAAUCUACCGGACCAAGGCCCGGUCAUCGCGUUUCUAA